AAGAGGGCUAUAUCUGGCUCUGACGUGGAUGCAGACUCUGUGGAGAUCGGGAUCAGGAGAAGGGGGAUCUUAGCAGCACGCAGACAACCUUUAUUAUCUCCCUUUUUGUUCUUUACUCCUUCAGCUGCUCUAGAGGACUAAAGAGGAGGUCUGAGUCUGGGUCCAUUAAAGGGGAGGGUUAAAGAGGAGAGGAGGAGGAGACAAGAACACAAAGAAGACAGCGAGGCAGAGAGGCAGAGAGACAGAGAGAAGAGGACCAGUGAGAGUGACAGAUGAUCAGAGACUGCUGUUUAAAGAUGGAUUUAAGUUUGCUUCAAGCUCUGGAGAGAGAAAGAGUCCUGGAGGUUCUUCGGAGAGACAAACAGUUGCGUACCAUUGAGGAGGACAGAAUAAGGAGGAUGAAAUAUGAGCUGCAGGAGUUGCGGAGGAGAGGAGCAAAGAGUUAUGCCCGGCAGUAUGGCGAGCGGACCUGCGCCCGGUGCCAGAGGCCGCUGGGAAAGUUCUGGAACUCGGGUGCAGUCUGCCGCGGCUGCAGCCACCGCAUCUGCAGCAGGUGCCGCGUGGGAGCAGCGGACUGGAAGUGCACGGUCUGCCACGCCUACAGGGAGGUGAAGAUCAGGUCUGGAGAGUGGUUUUUAGAGCAGAGGGCACAGAAAUUUCCCGUCAUCACAGACAAAUAUGAGACAGUUGGAGAGAAGCUAUUAAAUACCUACAAUGUGCUGAGUCAUAUAUCCAUUGUACCGCCCACUCCUCCACCCCACUUGGAUUAUCAGUUUCUGAGCAGAUCUGGGGAUUUCAAAAACUCCAAACCUUUCACCAAAUCUGUGGAAGAUCUAAUGGUCUCCUUCACCAGUCAUAUUAAAAAGAUUUCCACUUCUCAGAACGAUGUGCGAGAAGACCUGCUGAGUGUCGACAACAGCCGGAGAGGGUCGUGCUUCAACUACAGCACCCAGAAGAGCCUGUCUGACACUGACAUCAACAAAUCCAGCAAACUUUUUAAAGGCCCCAGUCUUCCAAACCUGUUCAAGAAAAGCAAAGACAGCGACCACGAAGGCUCCUCCACCGGGGCAGAAGAGGAAACUUCCUUCGGUUCUGAGUACUCAGGAGGAAAGAGAGGCAGCAACAGCAGCAUCAGCACCGACUGCGGCAUGUUCGAGACCGUCAGCGUGGCGGGAGAGCUGGAGCUGGCUCUGGCCUACAACAGCAGCACCUCCUGUCUGGAGAUCACAGUCGGCGCCUGCAGAAAUCUCACCUAUGGAGACCUCAAGAGGAAGAAGUGUCACCCAUACGUCAAACUCUACGUGCUGCCGGAAAAGAGUGGCAAAAUGAAGACGGCAGUCAAGAAAAACACGACUGAUCCGGUUUAUAAUGAAGUUUUAAAGUUUCACAUAGAGCGCCACCUGCUGUUUGGAAAGAGACUGCAGGCCUCUGUGUGGCAUUCAGGGACCCUGAAAAGGAAGACGUUUCUCGGCGAGGUCCUUAUCCCGCUGGACGGCUGGAGGUUUGAGGACAAGGCCUCCCAGUGCUUCAACUGCUACCCACUUUGUCCGAAGACUGAGGAACCAGAGGGAGGCGCUGUGGAGCAGGACGGAGGAGAACUGCUGGUUGGAGUCAAGUUCAGCUCCAGCAACCAGGGUGUCUGACUCUGGGAGCAGGCAGACAGCUCAUCCAGACGACGCCCACAUUUCUGAGGGUGAGGCCGGGCUGUUUGAAGACGGGUCUUGGAGCCGUGGGACCCCCUCCUCUGAUUACCCCACGUGAACCUAGUGCUGGUUCUGGGUUCUGUGCUAGUGCCUGCUGGUUCUGGGCCCAAAUGGACCCCGGUAACAUCAGAGAUCUUCUUUAUCACGCCCUAAAUGACAAACUCUCUGGCAACCCCUCCUAUGUCACAUUAAUAUAAGAAUAUAAACAAUUAAAAUGAUGGUUUAUAACUCGUAGUUGUAAGCACACAUAAAGAUUUUAAAGUGAUUAUGAACAGCUAGCGGUUAAUGAAUGAUGUUUUAUGACCAUGAAAUGUAAUGUAUUGUAUAUAUAUAUAUGUGUAUGUAUGUAUGUAUUUUAUAUCAUAAUUGUUAUAUUUAUUAAUAAAGUAUUUAUUUAUACA